CUUGGAGCCGUUUGAGAACAGUAGGGUCAGAUUAACUUUUGAAAAUUUUUCUGUUGGAUUUGAAUUUUGUUGAGAGGGAUGAACAAGUGAGACCCUCUCUGUAGUGGUUUUCGUGAAACUCUAUGUGUAUCUGUAUACCGUAGCCUUUCCCUGUACCUAACUCUUUCUUUCUGUCUCUUCACCGUUUCUUCAGAUUCUCUGCUUUUCUUCUUCUUCGUUUUCCCCUUUCUUCUCUUCUACUUUUUCUUUGAAGCCACUUUUUACUUUAACUCAAAACUUUGUAGACUUUAACAUAGAAGUGCUGUAGCUAAAGACCAUACUGUAGAAGCUGAAAAUUUGGAGAAGAUGAGUGCUUCAAGGUUCAUCAAAUGUGUUACAGUUGGAGAUGGAGCUGUUGGGAAGACCUGUAUGCUCAUUUGUUACACUAGUAACAAGUUUCCCACUGAUUACAUUCCAACAGUGUUUGACAAUUUCAGUGCUAAUGUGGCUGUGGAUGGAAAUAUUGUCAACUUGGGACUGUGGGACACUGCAGGUCAGGAAGAUUAUAGCAGGUUGAGGCCACUGAGUUAUAGAGGUGCAGACAUUUUUGUCUUAGCUUUCUCUUUAAUCAGUAGGGCAAGCUAUGAAAAUGUCCUCAAGAAGUGGAUGCCAGAACUUCGUCGAUUUGCACCCAAUGUUCCAGUUGUACUUGUUGGAACAAAGUUAGAUCUUCGUGAAAACAGAGGAUAUCAAGCUGAUCAUAUGGGAUCCAAUAUCAUAACAUCUGCUCAAGGGGAGGAGCUGAGAAAACAAAUUGGUGCAGCAGCGUAUAUAGAGUGCAGCUCUAAGACUCAACAGAAUGUCAAAGCUGUUUUUGAUACUGCAAUUAAGGUGGUGCUUCAACCCCCAAGGAGGAAGGAAAUGGUCACUAAUAAAAGACACAGGAGCACUGGUUGCUCGAUUAUGGGUAUUGUCUGUGGAGGUUGUGUGGCUUAGGAACAUAAAAUGCCCCCAGUGGAAUCAUCCAGUUUGUCACAUUGAAUUAUUCUUCUGCAAGUGCCUUUGGUGCCUAAGAGGGGCCAGUUCACCUUUUGAACUAUAUAUGUGUGUGUAUUGGUGAAGUGUAGCUGUUGUGGCCUAGUUUGAAUAUCUACGGAAAUAGUUUUUAAUGCCUACAAACUGAGCAGAGGGAACUGUUCAUUCUCUCAAGUGCAGUGAAUUAUGUUUUCCAUUUUUUGUGGGGGUUGUGAAACUUGCUUACUAUAUUUAUCCUUUGCUUUUAGUUCCUUAUAUCGGAUUUUGAUUUUCCUCUGAUACACCUUUGAUAUUCAAUCUGCUUUUCAUUUAUCAAAAAAUGCAACUUUUGCUUUUA